UCAUGUGAUCUGCAAAUUUAGCUCUUGGCUAAAAAUGGCUAGUGACAAAAAGUCUAAAGCGGUACUUCGUUUUCACAAAUCACCAGUUGCAAUCAACAUAAGACUAAAGACAACAGUGACUCUGACCAACUGGGUACGCCUGAACAAUGCCCCCCUCCUCCUACCGAGAGCAUCAGCCGUCCAAUGGAAUGACUACAUCUUUGUGCUAGCUAGUGAUGGCACAGCAUUGCUCUACCAUGCUACAAAUGCUAUGUGGUCUGUUCUAAUAAGCUGCAACGAAACACUGCCACCAGAAGGUCCCCCACCACUAGCCCUGUACAAAGGUGAAGUCAUAACUGUAUCCAUCAAUGGGACGGUGUUAUGUUAUAGUAAACGUGCAAGUCAGUGGAAGGAGUGUCCUGAGCUUAAAAUGGAUUUAAAAUACAGCUACAUUCACUCCAUUGCAAUGAUGAGUGAUAGAAACAACUUGUAUGUUAUCAUGUACUAUGGUAGCCGAUCAAAUCCAAUUUAUGGCUCUCAGGCAUGCCAUGUCUUUAGCUACAGCUCUGGUCAUAGUUGGGAAAAGAUCAGUGAUAUGGAAGCUCCACGCAGUAUCACCUUUAAAUCAGCAGCACUGGCUGGCUCUUCCCUAUACAUUCAAUCAGGGAAAAAGAUACACAAGCUAGCAAUCGAAGGCUUGAAAACUGCCGAGCUGGUACCGGAGCUAUCACCAGCAAAGAAACAAAAAACAGAAGAAUUCGUGCAAAUGACAUCACCAAACAUGCCUCCUUUAAAAGGAUCAACUCUUCACGCCAUUAACAACGAGCUAUUCUCUUUCGGAGGGCGGGACGAGAACAACCAACCAACAUCUGACGUGUUACGAUAUAACCCCGACACUGACACCUGGGAGAGUGCCGGCUACUUGAGGAGUGCUCGCUACAAUGUUGCUGUGGCAAACGUUGAGAUUGAUACGAAGAAAGAAGUUUUUGUACUCGGAGGAAGCUUUGGGAGCAAGAGCUUACAGACACCGCUCAAGGUACAUGCACCAUCGACAAUAUCAAGCACGACAUCAUCGAACGAUGAUUGGGAAUGUUCCACAUCGAUGAUGGAGAAGUGUGUAGUAUAGUGACUAUAGUGCUGACUUACUGUAUAGUUAAUAAUUAUAAUACAUGACUGGUAGCAUCAAGAUAGUAAUUGUAUGCGUAUACAGUAAUGCAGGCAGUUAGUGUUUCAGUCAAUAUUAUAAACAUACUUGAGUAAACUAAGAACAUACAAACACUUAAUUACUAGAUGCAGGACAUUAUCAAUGAAUUCACUCACUGCAACUAUACACACGAUUAGUUACACCCACUUUUAGUUCAAAAUCACGAAACAAGAGCGGCAAUGGCUUCACUAGACCCUCCCCCUGUCACACCAUCGAAGGUGACUCUGACCAACUGGGUACGCCUGAACAACGCCCCCCUCCUCCUACCGAGAGCAUCAGCCGUCCAAUGGAAUGACUACGUUUUUGUUCUAGCUAGUGACGGUACAACACUGCUAUAUCGCAACAAACAUGAUAUGUGGUCCAUGCUGUCUAAAUCACCCUAUACAAGUGACAACCUUGCCUCAGCCUUGACCCUGCAUAAAGGCAGAAUUCUGACGAUGUCUUUGAAAGGAGAAGUGUCUACAUUUGAUUCCAAGCUGUGCCAGUGGACUGCGCUUAAAGAUAUGAACAUGUCCGAGGAUAGUGGACCACGAAUCAUUGUCACUGACAAUAACAUUCUCUACUCUGUUGUCAACUUAAAAUCAUCGGUACAGCAACGACAACAUGUUAGUGGGUUAAACCAACAAGCUAGCCAGUGCACUGUAUUCUCGUAUGAUCCAAGCUCUAAGUGGGUAAAAAUCUGUGAGUUUGGAUCAAGCCCUCUCAAAUCUGCAGCAGUGGUUGGUGGAACCUUGUUUGUUCAUACUGGACAAGAAAUGUUCAAAUUGACUCAGCCAACACAACUAACAAUGCAGUAGAAACGAAAGUGGUAGCAAAUCCAAAACUAGAAGAAAAUACAAAGCUACCAUCAGCGCAAAUAACCACUGAGUUUAAAUUAGGUACGCAAGCACCGGCCACCUUCAUUGCACAAGCACCAACAGUACAAUCUACUAGAAUUUCUGGAAAACAAACCAUCUUCCCCAAAAGAUUCCUGGAAACAUAUUCACUCCACAGUUCGCGACAGCUUGUGCCAGUCCUGCGUAUGCGGGAUCAACUCUCCAUGCCAUUAAAGAUACUCUCUUUUCUAUCGGAGGGCGGGACGAGGACAAUCAACCAACAUCUGACGUGUUACGAUAUAACCCCGACACUGACACCUGGGAGAGUGCCGGCUACAUGAGGAGUGCUCGCUACAAUGUUGCUGUGGCAACUGUACAAGAUACGACAAUGGAUGUGAUCGUGCUAGGAGGGAGCCUCGGAAGCAGUGAGCAUAUCAUGACGCAACGACUGAACCUGCCAAAUGAACCUGUAGUACAGGCAUCUUCUAAUGGUGGUUUGUUCGGCCGGCCAUCCCCACAACGUCCUCCUACCUGGGACAACAAGACUAGCAUCAUAGAGAAAUGCACAGUCAACUAAACUAAGAACUACACAUACAACUAGCUAGUGUUUAAAUAUGUAGCAAAUAUUUUAUGUUGUGGGAUUGCCUUUUAUAGUAGUGAUUAAAUGUAUUUUAAAAUUUGUAGCUAUAA